GGCGGGCCGCCACCGAACGGUGGCCCCGGGCCGCGCCCCCCCCGCGCCGUGGGGCCCCGCGGCGGCCAGCGCGGCGCGGCGCGUGCACGCCGCCCAGUGGCCCAAUGCUGGUUUGCUCCUACGCGCAGUCAUCCAUCACCCGACCUGGGCCACACGAAGAGCCUGGCGGAGCUCCUGGCGGAGAGGGAGGGGCGCCAGCGCCAGGCUCUGACGCUGCCGCCCCUCGCCGCGGAGGGCCGGGGCGGCGCGCCAGGCCGGCCCACCGCCGCCGUGCAGAGCAGCGCCGGCGACCUCGGGCCGGGGUCUUACACGUCCUCGGAGAGCCUGAUCCGCCGCUCCGCGUCGGCGCCCUCGUUCGGGCUGUCCAAGGCGCCGCGCUUCCAGAGCGCCCGGCGGGCGGCUGGCCUGGGCGAGGCCGUGGCCCCGGGCCCCGCCCCGGCCAGGCGGGGCGGGGGGCGCGCGCCCGCCGUCACCUUCGCGGAGCCCGAGCAGCCCGACCCGGAGCCCGCUCCGCGCCCGCCCGCGGGCUCGUCCUGCCUGCUCUACGGCGCCCCGGGGAAGCCGCGGGUCGACCACGUGCUGACCGCCUCGCCGCGGCGCACCGAGCGCGGCGAGCCGGCCGACUUUGCCGCCGCCGCGGCGGGCGGCCCGCGGGCCAGGCCAGGCAUCCACCCGCGGCGGCGGCCACGCAAAAGGGCAUCCCGGAACAGCAAAACAGUGGAGGCGCCCAUGUUCCUGCUCGGCGGCCCCGGCGCGUCGCCGCUGCGCAAGGCCUUCUGA